AUGGCUUGGGCACAUCAUCAGUCCGGUCCAUACACCCAAGGACACAAAGGUGCCAAGGGCAAGUGGUCCAAAGGCACAAACGGCAAGAGCUUCCAAAAUGAAAGGAAGGUGCUCCCCAUCACUGUCAAUUACCUUUCUGCUGGUGAGCCCGUGGAUGUCUUCCAUCGCUACUGCCAGGAUCCAAAUGGCUACUUCAUGGCGCAGUCAGGCUCUGCGGGCCUUCUCCAUCCGAGUGUCGGAAAGACAGAUGCUUGGACCACUGCCGUGGUGAAUGAAAACUGGGACGCCAACUACUACAAUCCGCAGGACUACAACACGUGGGUCCAGAUCCGCUGGACACACCCUACGUGGUACAACAGAAGGGGUCACCGGCUGGAUGUGAAGAAUCCAAGCAUGGUGACGCAAAGGGUUAUGCCCGAGCAGAUCCGACAGCGCGGGAAGCCAUCAGAAGCCCAGCAGCAGCCGAGACUCUCGCUGUUGCAUGUGCGCUGGGGUGGGCAACAGCCUGUGAACCCAGUGACAGAGGGUGCUGGUGGUUGGGGCAAGAUAGGCUCAACGCCAUCGGACAACUACAUAAACUCCUGGGAGGACUCUGUCUUCCGGACUCUGGGGCCGAACUACGAGAUUGUAUCCGUGUUUUUCCAGAAUUCAGAGGAGUUGUUGAAGCUUCAUCCUCCGAUCUUGAAGACCAUGCUUAGAGGAGAACAUGUUGGGGCGCUGUAUUUUAUGUGGCCGAUAGCCUUCCAGGACGGCCAUGAAACACCAGCAUAUGUCCAGCGGGAGAAGCAGUUGGAGAUGAUGAUCCAGAUGGAGGCUGCGGGCGUUCCGACACGAUUUCCGCAUCAGUCGCACCUGUACAAGAUCUUCGCUUCGAAAGAAUGGACUAGCCAGAUGUGUUUGCAUCCACUUCUGAAUGUUCCCUUGACUACGAUGGUGUCGCGGCAGGCCAUCACCAUGGAUCCUGCAAGCGCAGCCUCCGAUGCCAUGAAAGCUUUAAACAAUUUGGCAGAGGCGCGCCACAGUUGGAAUGCUCAGCUUGCUCAGCCCCCAAAGGCAAAGCGUGUGGUGAAGGGAGUCGCGAAGCUGGGAUGGAGUUGGGAAGCUAUGGAUGUGACUGCUUGGAAAACGAAGGAGGAGCUCGAGCUGGCGCUGUGCGAGCUCAGCGAACAGCCUGGAAAUCUCUGCGACCAUAUCUUUGUCCAGGAGUGGCUCGACUUCGACGUGGAAAUGCGUCACUUCAUUGUCGAGGCAAACUACGAUGACCCUCAGUCGUGGAAGCCAAAACAAAUUGUUUACACCGUAUUCAAGUCCAAGGAAGACAACUCGUUCCGAAACUUUGACAGGUACGAUCGCUUGGGCUGCUUGGCCAAAUGUUUCCAGAACGAUGAUGCUGCUUUGGCAGAUGCCGAGCGUCAGGCUGAGGCUCUUAUAGCUAGGUGGAUCCAGUGGCUUCAAGCACAAAGUCAUCAGCUUCCAGUCGUGGUUCGAUUUGACAUUGUGGCCAAGCGAACGGGUCCUGGCAAAGCUGUCGUCCACACAGGAGAACUUACGGAGCUGGGUGCCUGCUUCUUGGGCUGGGCCAAGGGCCCUCAGGUGGUCUUCGGGGCCAUGCUCCGGUCCUGCUUCAAGGACCGGCCCAUGGAAGAUGUGCAGAUGGAGCUGUGGUGA